UACAUUCCACAUACAAAUGUAAGUUGGGUAAAUGGCCCCUUAGCAGGAUAGGCUAUGAUUAAAUUAAUCAGAACAAGAGACUUCUGUGCGACAGCUCUGUGCUACUCUUCUCCACCAAGACAAAUCAGCAGACAAGAGCACUGCACCUUUUAUUAGUUUUGUAGAACCCUGUUAAAUCCAUCUUUCAAGUAUUAGUCUGUUUUAUAGAAAAAAAGAAAAUAGCAGCUAUGGAGAUUUCUUCAUCCAGUGCGAUUUUAAAUUUUCCUCAAAUACCCAACGCUCUCUUUGGAACAAGAGGCUCAAGAUUUGGGCGCCUUUCUUCUCUGGGUUUGCAGGGAAGAAUGUGUCAAGGUCAUAGUCUUCCAUUGCUCUCCAGCUCUUCAUUAUCUAUUGGAUCUCAAAAAAUCAAGAUACGUGUUCCUUAUGCAAUGAAUACACCAUUGGAAGGACUAUCUGGCAAAUUUGAAGAAAGAAAAAACACACCGAUGGAGAACCUACCAAACAAACUGUGGGACAUGUGCCCUGAACCAGUUAGAAAAUACCCAUGGAAGGAAGCCUGUGAGAGGGUGAUGAAAAAUACUCAGAUGGAGGACACACCAGCAAAACUGAGGGAGAUAUGCCCUGAACCAGUCAAAAAAUUUCCCUGGAAGAAAGCUUGUGAGAGAGUAAUAAACCGUUUAUUUCUUCUUAUAGAGGAUGUAGCUAAGCAGUUUGGGAUUCCUAUUCUAGUUGUCACAUUUUUUAUGGAGGCAUCAUACUGCAUAGCACAAAACAAGGAGUUGUUUAUACCUAUUGCCCUCUUUGCUGGCGGUGUUUUUGCGGAGGUUUUAAAUGAAACUUCAAUUGAACUCAAGCUGCCUCAAAAUUAUAAGGAAGGAGAUUUGCCCCGGAAUGUCUUGAUUAUUAUAUCAUUUUUUUCAUUGAUUAAGAUUAUUGGCCCCUUCUAUCCUUAUUGGGCCCGUAUCAUUCUUCCUCAUUUUGCAAAUGGUGGUUUGUGUCGAACAAUCUGGCUAGCUAAGGAUUAUUUGACCAAGAACUUAUCCCAGACCAUUGAAGCUUUAAACCAUUCUGGAGGGGAUUCCAGAUCAGACAUUGGCGCAGAAAUGGCAGAUUCCUAAUGAUUUUUUUUUAAAAUGAGAUGCGGGAGUUGGUAACUUUUAUAAUAGAGAAAGACUAUAGGGACAAAUUUUCAUAGAUCAUCCCUUGGGCCUUUAGUGAUUUGCCAUUGCCUCUAGGAAGGCAUCUUGAAUGAGAAUGGCAUCAUAUCAUUCAAAAUAUCUUUUGAUCUUAUUGUCUUUCAAGACGACGGGGAAGAAGCAAUGACUAGUAAAAUUAUUGCCUUUCCUCUCAUAUCAAAGUAACACCAACCAGUUUCUUGGUGAGAGUUGUCAGUAAAUGAAGAUAACAUGGCUAGUUUUAAAUAUGGCUUCCGAUACAUCUAUUAUGCCCUUUUACAAAUCUUUAUGGUGGUAGGCCCUUACAUAAAAUUAAUAGCAGGCGGUCAUUACAGUGAAAGUUCUUUUCACUAGAGAGGUUGAGGGAUGCUAUUGUUUCUAUGCCUCUUUUUCGUCUUGGCAUAAUAUGAACGUUCAGAUUUUAGUGAGGAUAUUGUUUUAAACCUACAAUGGCUUGCUUAUUCAUAUAAUGCGUUAAUUGUCAGGAUUGAUUUUGUUCUA